CAUAAGUCUAAAAGUAGCUGCACUUUAGAACAAAUCCACAGCCCAAGAAACUCCAUUAAAACACAACCAGAGCAACAAUGAAGACUUUCCUACUCUCUGGUAAGUUAUGUUGCUCUUGGUUCUUACUUGGCCUGCUUGCUCUUAUUGGUUCCCUUGCUUCAGCUACAGAGAUACAUUUCCAUGAAUUUGUUAUUCAAGCUAGGCCAGUGAGGAGGCUGUGCAAAACCCAAAACAUAAUCACAGUCAAUGGGCAGUUCCCAGGGCCAACAGUGGAAGCUAGAAACGGGGAUUUUAUUGUAAUCAAAGUAGUAAAUGCAGCACAGUACAACAUCUCCAUCCACUGGCAUGGGUUAAGAAUGCUAAGAAAUCCAUGGGCAGAUGGACCAAGUUAUGUGACUCAGUGUCCCAUCCAACCAGGAGGAAGUUACACAUACAGAUUUAGAAUCAGAGACCAGGAAGGGACACUAUGGUGGCAUGCUCACACUGGCUUCCUAAGAGCCACUGUUUAUGGAGCUUUCAUCAUCUAUCCUAGAUUGGGCUCUCCUUAUCCCUUCUCUAUGCCUAAGCAAGAAGUUCCCCUCCUUCUUGGGGAAUGGUUCGAUACGGAUCUUGUGCUCCUCCAAAGGCAGGCAGACUUUGCAGGAUUACCUCCAAAUACAUCUGUUGCAUACACCAUUAAUGGGCAACCUGGUGAUCUUUACAGAUGCUCAAGCCAAGAAACUGUGCGUGUUCCAGUAGAUGCUGGGGAGACAAUUAUGCUGAGAAUCAUCAGCAGUGCACUAAAUCAAGAACUCUUCUUCUCAAUUGCUAACCACACUAUGACUGUUGUUGGUACGGAUGCUGCAUAUACUAAGCCCUUCAAAACCUCAGUCCUCAUGAUAGGACCUGGUCAGACAUUCAAUGUCAUAGUCACUGCUGAUCAACCCCUAGGUCUCUACUACAUGGCAGCACGUGCCUAUGAAUCAGCUGCAAAUGCUCCCUUUGACAAUACCACCACCACUGCAAUCCUUGAAUACAGAUCUACUAGACGCAGAAACCAAAACAGAUCAAGACCAAUCUUGCCAGCUUUGCCGGCCUUCAAUGACACGCCCACUGCAACUGCAUUCACUGCUAGGAUCAGGGGUCUUACCCGGGUUAGAGUCUUUAAGAAAGUUGAUGUGAAUCUAUACGUUAUAGUGGGGUUGGGGUUAAUCAAUUGCACAAAUCCUAAUAGUCCACGGUGUCAAGGACCAAAUGGAACCCGCUUCACAGCAAGCAUGAACAAUGUAUCUUUUGUACUCCCAAGUACCACCUCCUUAAUGCAAGCCUACUAUGAAGGAAUACCCGGUGUCUUCACCACAGACUUUCCCCCCAUCCCCCCUUUACAAUUUGAUUACACUGGAAAUGUGCCACGGGGGCUAUGGACACCUUCUCGGGGAACUAAGCUCUACAAGGUGAAGUAUGGCUCCAAGGUGCAAAUUGUUCUGCAGGACACAAGCAUAGUGACCACUGAGGAACACCCUAUGCAUGUUCAUGGAUUCCACUUCUUUGUAGUUGGUUCAGGUUUCGGCAACUUCAACCCAACAACUGAUCCCCAAAAGUUCAACCUUGUAGACCCACCUGUGAGGAACACCAUUGGAACACCCCCUGGAGGAUGGGUGGCCAUUCGUUUUGUGGCUGACAAUCCAGGAAUUUGGUUUGUCCAUUGUCACAUAGACUCACAUCUGAAUUGGGGUUUGGGGAUGGCACUUCUGGUAGAAAAUGGAGUUGGCCUUUCACAGUCAGUAUUACCUCCACCGCCAGAUCUACCCCAAUGUUAAGGUUAAUGAAGCAUCAUUAGUUAAUAAAUUUGUCGUUCUGUAUCAUAAGUUCUUCAAGGAUUUGCCAAACAGACAGUAUGGCUUUCUGCA